AAAACAAGUGACCCGCGAUGGCUACCAACCAGGAACGCGGUAGCGUCUCUACGCUUCACAAUAAUGAGAUCAACCCUGGCGCUGCGGAUCAUGCUCGCCUCCAGGACACCUCAACUUCUGACUCAGGCUGUGAAUCUCCAUCCGCAGCUGGUCGCCAAAUCAAGCCCGAAUUGCAAGCUUUACUCGACUGGCUCGAAGAGGGCAAAUCCGACAACUCAGUCGACAGGAUUAACUUCCCCCUCCCUUUCGAACAAUACGAACAAUUCAAGGAAUUGGGGAUGGUGGAGGACGGUAAAUUAGCUGGAAGAAGAUUCAGAUUCGACUACGACGGCGACGACGAAAUCCUCACCAUCAGAAUGCCCGACCUCAGACACGAUAUCAUUGCCGGCGAGGCGGAAGAUCUACUGAGAGACUUCAUCAAAGAGUCACGAAAACACACCAACCCCGCCAUUGCCGCAUUUGCCUCAUCCGUGAUGUCUCUCUACACCUCUGACCUCCACUAUCCUGCCAUGAUUAGUACUCACAUGACCGAACAUACUCCUGACCUCUCGUUUGGAAGCGCAUUCAACGCGAAAUACCCAACUAUGGUUGGUGAAGUCGCAAACUCGCAGACAACCAACCAGCUGCAAUCCAAGGCCAAAGGGUAUAUCCAAGGUUCUCGGGGUGGCAUACGAACUGUCCUCUGCAUCGAUGUUGAUUAUUCGGGGAAGAAGGGCGCACGCUUCUCGGUCUGGCGGGCGAAAUUUGACGACGACGGAGGGUUUCAAGGUGCCGAGUGUGAUGAUACUGUGGAGAUCCGCAGCAAGGAUGGCCUGAAGAAUCCAGAGGGCAAAGCCGGCCUCGUGUUAUCACUGGAAGACUUUUGCGGUAUUGGAGAAGUCACUGAUGUUACACCUCUCAAAUCAGUCACUAUGACUCUGUGCACCGACAAGCUAUACGAUCUCAUCGAACUCGCCGAGAUGCGGCAGGCGUCGCGCAAGGCCGCAUGGGCUAAAUGAAUCUUGGAAUGAGGGUGCAAG